GGUUUGUGUUCUUAUAAGUUAUACCAUUAGUGAAAUUGUUGCUUUUGUAUCCUUACACAGCAAUCUAUAGCUUUUUGGUUUUCCCCGACCAUGCUUUAUCCUCUUCCUAUAGGUGCUAACUGCUAAACUGCUCAAUGGUUUGCAGGUUAAGAUUGAGCCAAUUUGGGGUGUUUUACCUUCCACAUGGCACAUUUCAGAAACUCUCCAAAUAGAACAGAUGUAGCUCACAGUAGAAACUCAUGACAAGGUUAAGUUAGUGAAGCUGUAUUCUGUACAUUGCCCUUCGAAUCAUCGAAAACUUAUAUGGAUACCUGAACAAAUAGAAAGACGCCUUACAGUAGAAACUCACCAAAUGUUUAGUAAAGAACAAUUAUGUAAAGUCCUGAAAACUAUCUAAUCCUUUGUAGUCCAAAUUCACUUGAUAUUUACACCAUUAUCUUGGUAUCAUGCUUUCUCUCUAUUAUGUGGAUAUCAGAUUUAAAGAUAGCAAAAAUCCGCAUUAUUUUUCUUUGAGUACCACACUUGCUGACAUGCAUCUAUUUUGUUAUUCUUAUGCUAUUGUCUAAAAGGACUAACAAGUUUUACCUGAUAUAUUCACAUUGUGUGCUGCCUGUAGUGAAAAUUGUUUAAUGCAAGAAGAUUGGUUACUCAUAUCGAGAAAGAACAGGUAAUGAGUGCUUGCAUACCCAAUGGAGGGGAUUUCGCUCAUAUUUCCCUUUUGUUUUGUAAAUUUGUGUUCAGCCUUUGUUUACUCAACUUUGAUUUGUUUAUUUUCUCUGGUGUUUUUUCGUUUUUACAGUUUGCUCUAAGAGACAAGCCUGAUCUUGACACGAGUUUGCCAAAUCAUAGUAAAUCGAGUACUUCUGAGAUCCACUCAAUCUGUGUUUACCUUUCUUUUGGAUUAAUUGUACACUUCUAUAUAUAUGUAUGUCUUAAUAUAUGUAUGCAUUUCUAUGGAUAGUUAAGGUUUGAAAUGGAUGAUCAGCUGCUGCAUUUUCUGUGUACAUUGGCAGGGCGCCAUUGUCAUCGAGUUAUGUUUACUUUCUUUGACUUAACAAAUUUUUUUCUUGCUGGAUUCAGACUUCUGCCCUUUCUAUUUAAGUAUAACUUUUGUGUUAUUUUUACUUUGAUGAGCCUCAUUCCAGAGAAUCUCCUUUUGAUUUCACCUCUUGAUCAAUGGAUGUUGGUGUGUCUAUUAGGCUGUGGUGUUACUGUUACAAAGCAGCGACCUUUAGGAUUUACCACCUUAAAGCAACAUGGAGAUCCAUUUUGGCAAUUUUCUCCUCUGCAAUGAUCAUUGAUGUCAUACCUAAUUUACCAGGUUACUGUUACUGCACCUUCCCUCUGUUUAUGGUUUAAUGCAUGUGUUUUUAGCAUACUAAUUGUAUGAUCUCCAUUUGGACCCCUAGAAACUGAUGGUCCAAGCUAUUUCCUUGACUUGCAAGUCCAUUUUUGAAACUGGAUUGUUUUGACUUUUUCUUGCUUGGUGUGUUUGUAGCCACGCACUAAUUUCACGCUUGGCUUUCAGAAUACUGUAUCAGCUCUGCUUACUUAUUAGCCCCAAUUUCAAGCCUUCAAAUGAUGCAUGGUUCAUGGAUCUUAGUGUCAUGUAUUUAAUCAGAUACAUUUUGCUAAUUCUUUUGCAUGAUAUGUUUACAAUGACUACUUUCACUCGCAAAGCGUAACCGAACGGGUAAGUUUUAGUAUAUUUAAUUAGUGAAUGCUGAUGAUUUCACUGGUCUGCCUGUGAGCUAGCACGUAAGCUGACGAUAUACAUCUUCAUAGCUUCAUAAAAUUGGUUUUCUUUGUCAGCCUUACAGGAUAUACAUCUUCAUACGAAAUAAUCAUUGAUCAAUUAUAGGAGACAUGUUAGCAAGACUAUGCACUUGAGCUGUUUAGAGAAAUGAUGGGGAAGAAGAGCAUAGGAAAGUGAUCAUUUUCUAGAAGGGUUUCGGAUGGGAUUGAAUGUAGCGAAAGCAUGAAUGUUGUAUGAUUUCUUGCCUCAUUUUUAGUUCGACCCUAAUAUAGUAUCUUUCGAACAUUGUGUUUUCUUUAGAGUCGGCCAUCUAUUGUACAAAUGAAUGUUGUAUCAAUUGUUAAACAAGAGCGAGAGGAACUUGAUGAACAGAUUCAUGGACAAGAAACAAAAUAAAUUAACAUUAUAGUUCUAAUGACAUAUUUAUUUUCCUAUUUACACCAUAUAUCUAUUAGUAUGAUGAUGACUACUCAUCGCGAAGCGUAGCGAGCGGGUCUUUGCUAGUGUGUAUAAAUAAGCAAUGUUGGGAAAGUGAUCUCAGUUUACUUCCUACUACAAAUCUGUCCACUACUACUUUCUUACUUCGCCAUUGUUAUCAUCACUGCAAAGUCCCACCCAACCCAAACAGAAUCAAUCCUUCACGGAGGAACCACCAAAUCUCUCCCCUUUAAGCUCUGUUUCUCCACUUGCUUCUCCUUUCCUCCAAUUCCAAUAUUCCCUUUUUCUUCCGAUCCCGUGAUUUUCCUCACUUGCUACUUACUACUACUGGUGCUUCUAUGGCGUCCGACGAAAGCUCCGCCGUCCUCUCUUCCGUCGACGACUUCCUCGACCCCGACGCCGACGACGGCUACGAUCUCCACUCCUCCCACCCUCACUCCCACCACAACCUCUCCCGGCUUUCGGUCUGCACGAGCUCCAUGUACACCAACGACGGCGACGACGACGAAGACGAAGCCAUGAGCCGGAUUUUCAUGUCCGGACUGUCGAUCGACAGCUUCGACGCCGACGCGGAGCUCUCCGACCAGAACCCAAAUCGGGUCCGCCAGAACCCGACCCUCGGGCCCGUACGCCUCGACCUCAUCUCCUCCGAUUCCGACUCCGACAAGGAGCCGGGAUGCUACUCGCUCCCGUCGACGCCGCCGCGGCGGCGGAACAGGGGAGCGCUGCCGAUCAGGGGAGCUGAAGCGGCGAAGGAGUACGCCAGCGAGAACGAAGGAGGGAAGAAGGGGAUGUCGACGGGGCGGAAACUGAGGAGGAAUCCGAGGCGGCGGCGGUUGGUUAGUCAGGAGAGAUGGACCGACGGCGGCGGCGGAGGAAGGGGAGUCGGGAGCGGAGAAAGCGAGAACGGCGGCGGUGGAGGAGGAGGAGGAGGGCUGGUGGUGAUCACUCGGCCCAAAGGAGGGAGCCGGCCGCUGUGUAUGGAUUUGGGGGAAGUGAAGGCCUGUAAAGAUCUAGGCUUUGAGCUGGAGCACGAGAGGAUGGUGUCGGUUUCGGGAACGAGCAGCGGCGGCAAUUCCCCGAUCGCCAAUUGGCGGAUCUCCAGCCCCGGGGACGAUCCGCGGGAUGUGAAGGCGCGGCUGAAAGUGUGGGCACAGGCGGUGGCGUUCGCGUCGUCCACCGGGAAACAGGGCGGCGGCGGUGCAAUCUGAUCGAGUGACCGAAGUUGGCAAUAUUUUCCCUCGGAGAAUUGGGUUUUUCGUCGGCGAGAUUGGGUCUCCUUUUUUUUUGCCCCAUUUGUGGGGGAAGUGUUUGGAUUGGUCCUGUGCGAUUACAUCGAUGGCACGGAACUCUGUCGACUGUAAAUUAUAUCAAUGGAGGUUAAUAGUCAGCGUAGAUAAUACAGUUAUUGAAAUUAGAUGAGUAUGAGAAAGCAGCCAUGUCGGCCUGCUUCUCCACUGAAUCGUUUUGUUGUUAUUCUAUGGGCGCAGAGCUUUUUUGUCUGUGUGCGUUGGUUUGCAGAAUUUGAUUUGGUUACCUCUUCCUGUUCAUGAAACGAACAAGAGAAGGAGAUAGGAUGGUGAUUUUGGGAGCUGGGUAAAAUACAGGCACGGAACCCCAGGUUUAGGGAUAAGAAGCUCUCCAUUGCUCUGCCAUGGCCGGCGGCUUCCGUCUCUUGCUUUCCCUGAGUGGAUUGGCAGCUAUUUUUUUGUUGGCUUGCCGUGGUGACACCAACUCUUGCCCAACUUUGACUGCCAUCGUAACAAAAACAUACUAUGACGAUUGACGUGUUUCGAACUUUCGAUGAUGGGUUUCUACUUUGUAGGUCACAGAUCACAACUAGUUGUGGAGUCGGAUCAAAUUGGUCUACGAGAGGUUUAGGGCUGGGAAAUUGGGUUUGGUUUAAACCGAAUCGAAUAGAUACGAGUUCUAUUGGUUUCGAUUGUUUGGUUCCGAUUCGGUUUGUAUUUUAAUGGUCUAGGUUUAAACCGAGUUCCAUAAGAAACCUGAACUCGAACCUUACUCUAAUCGAAACUAUUAGGGGGGGGGGGAGGAUUUUGGGUUUCGGUAGUUGACUCAUGACCCACCCGACUUUUUAACGUUAAACUAGUUAGUCUCUGACAUAUAAUUUUACCGAAAAUGAAAUCUUCAAAGUAGGAAGAAGAAGAUAAAACUAUAUGUGCAAAAAAUAGGAACUUUUUUUAAUGCUUUCUCAAAUUCCAUCUCUGGAAAAAAAAUGAAAUCAAAAUUAGAAAAAGGAGAUAAAUGCUUAUUAAAACAGUAUAAAAAAAUAAAAAGUUAUUAAUUCUCGUCACUUUGAUCUGUCUCCAUUUAAAACUAAUUUUUAAGAUAUGGUUAUGCACUCUAUCAUGCGCCGUUGAAUUACCAGUCCCACUCAUGUCCUUAGUCAAGUUAUUCAAUGACUGAUAUUGCUUGAAUAUAUUUUGUAUAGUAUAAAAAUAAAAACUAUAUGUUACCGUUAAUAAUAUGUAACUUUUUUAUUAGUUAAAAUAUUAAAAAAUUGAAAUGUUGACCGCGAUAUGUCUCUUCCAACUCAGUAUCAUGUUUUCAAGUUAAUGUUACUAGCAAAACUACUAACGAGAAAUUAACGUUGGCUAAUAUUUUAUAUUUCAAAAAGUUUGACCAAUAAUUUAAAAAGUUUGGCUAAUAAGUUGUAGUUACCCCUCUACGUUAGAUAAGGUUAUGCAUAUGUGAAUUAUGCAUCAGAUCCAUACAUAAUGCCCAAUGCCCCCAUCCGAUUUUAGAGAUGACAAGUUUACUCGAAUCCAUGAGUAUUUUCUUAUCCAACCCUAAUGUGUUGGGUAUGAAACUCAAAUACAAGGCAAAUGGGUAGAGUUUGAUGGGUUCAUACACAUUUAUUUGGGCUGGAUUUUUAAUCAAUGGAUUUGGGAUUGCAUCCAUACUCAUAUGCAUAUUACAACUUAGUACCUAAACUUAAUAUAUCUUUAGAUUUAUUACCUAAAUUUAGUUUUUAUGCAUAUAAGUUCUCAAAAUAUUAAUUUUUUAUGCCUUAAAUUUGUAUACGUAAACUUUUUAACCUUUACAAAUCUUUCCACCUUUUGUAUAUGUACUUAAAAAAACUCAAGUAAAUAGAUAACUACACC